AUGGCCCUUCAGACACGUAGAGACAGUUACAAUACAAGCCAGCAGACGCUAUCUUCGUUAGUUGCACUAUGCACAGAUUGCCCGAAGUUUUGCCAUGAGCGGACUGAAAGGGUGGUAGAAAAUAGCAGCCGUGCCCCGAGAGGGUGGGAGUCUCAAUUCAUGGCAGUUGCCGAACAACGUCGAAGUGAGGAGCGUGCACUCUGCGAACGUUACUGUCAUCGCGUUGCAUCUGUUUGCCCCGCCCCGACUGAUAUCGAACGUUUUGAGGCGUUGGGAUACAAAGAGGUGACACAGCGGUCUGCCUUGGAGGGGUUGCCUACGGUUCAGCAGAUGUCUAGAUGCGAGAAUGCGGCUUCAGAGUUCUCGCGUGUUCUUUUUUCGCUGGCGCAUAAGCCCAGCAAGGUGUCCUUUGAUAACGUGGACCCUAAAACCGGGGCGAAGGUGACGGAGGAGGGGGAGGGGGAAGCAACGGAGGUUCACAAGAAGGUCCUUAGCGGCGGCUCAAUCGAUGACGCAAUCCUAAAGCGGUGGAGUACCGCGAGGAGGGGUAGGGCCGAUAUGGAGGAACUGGGGGUGAUUCGCAGCGCGGAAGAAACCGCAAGGCUCAAACACGAACGGGAUCGUGAGUUGGUCGUCGAGUCUUCUAAUGCAAGAGGCACAACACCACGGUGGUGA